AUGUCUUGCUUUGUGAAAUCAAGCGUUGAAUUGACAAUGAAGCUCACCGUAGGGGAUCGAGUUGUCACUUCUAGUUUUAGGGUGGAAGCACCCGGAUUUCACAUUCGCUUUCGCUUUGCGCUGGUUCAAGUGCUGGGUGGGUGGGCGCGCCGAUUCGUUUGCCCAAAAGCGCCCACCCACCCACACCUUGGCUAUUCCUCGCUUCUGAGCACUCAGGCUCUUUUGUUCGAAAGCAGUGCGAUCCAAGCGCACAUUUCAAGCAAGCAGUUCUUCACAAGCUUCACAGAGCCAGACCCAGUGGCCUACAGGCCGUGCACCGCACCCCAAUGUCUCGUAAGAGAAAAAAGGAGCGCUGAUGUCUUGCUUUGUGAAAUCAAACGUUGA